UAAACGAAAAGCUCCCGACCCCAAAGCCAUUUUCUUUAUCUCUCCCUUCUUCUCUUCUGUUCUCUCUAAUGUCAUAUCAUGCAUAGCAACUAGCCAAAGCAUUUGUUUUGCUUCGACCUCGCCAGCUCAUUCAUUUCAUAUUUCAUUCAAAGCCCCAUUACCAACCUCACACACUAUCUCUUUCUCUCUCUCUCUCUCUCUCUCUCUGAGCCAGAUCUCUCGGAGCAACCCUUGGAGAUGCGUGCAUAUUAAACCCAAUUUACAAGUUUCUCCUUCUUUUGUGGUUUUCUGGUCCGUUUUGUGGAGGAGGGUUUGUUUUGCUCUCUCCUCCAAUAAAACCCACCAGCCCCCAUCUCAGUUUUGAUUCCAGGGUUCGAUUUUCUGGCUCGAAACAGUUGUGGGUUUGUUGGGUUCCGAUCAAGUUUGGAUCUUUAAGAGAGCAAUGGGGGAGGUUGUGGUCAUAUUUAGUGAGGAGGAGCUGAGGGAGAUGAGCGGAGUGAAGAGAGGGGUGGACCAUAUAGAGGUCACGUGCGGCUGUACCAGUCACAGAUAUGGUGAUGCUGUUGGGAGGCUUAGGGUUUUCAUGAAUGGUGAACUGGAAAUCACAUGUGAAUGCACCCCUGGCUGUCAGGAAGGUACAUUGUCUCCCUCAUUAUUUGAGAAGCAUUCUGGAAGAGAGACAGCUAGGAAAUGGAAAAAUAAUGUUUGGGUCAUUGUUAAUGGGAAGAAGGUUCCAUUGUGUAAAACAGUGUUACUCAAGUACCACAAUGAGGCAUCAAAGACUGCAAAUGGCUCCCAGAGAUCCCAAAAUGGAAGAGCUUCUCACCGUGAUGAGUUUGUUUGUUGUACUAGAUGCAACAAGGAGCGCAGGUUUCGCCUCCGGACAAAGGAAGAAUGCCGGGUUCACCAUGAUGCUGUGGCUGAUGUGAACUGGAAAUGUUCUGAUCUACCAUAUGACAAAAUUACUUGUGAUGAUGAGGAAGAAAGAGCAAGUCGGAGGGUUUAUAGAGGCUGCAGCCGUAAACCUACAUGCCAAGGCUGCACUUCUUGUGUAUGCUUUAGCUGUGAAGUUUGUCGUUUCUCAGAUUGCAGCUGCCAAACUUGCACUGACUUCACAAGAAAUGCUAAACCUUGAGUCACCUUCUGGGUUGAGAAAAUUCAUCUAUUAUAUGUACCCCAUUGAGCUUGGUUCUCCCCUAUCCAAUUCUCCACAUUCGAAAAACAAAGAGGGCGAAAAGAGUGACAGAAAAUUAAGAAGCAGCUCGUUCGGUGACAUUAUCGUUAUAUGCUAAACUUGCUUCCAGUCUAAGAGUUCAUUCUAUGCGGUUCUCUUGACUGAUUUAGACCUUUCUAAUUUAAUGAUUUAAUCUCAUAAUUUAUAUUGGGUAGUGCAUGGUG